AUGAAGUCGUUUACGUACGUCCUUUUGGGAGGCGGCGUGGCUUCCGGUUACGCCGCGCGGGAGUUUGUCCGACGAGGCCUGGGACCCGGGGAACUCUGCAUAAUAACGUCAGAAAACGCGGUGGCUUACGAGAGGCCCGCACUUAGCAAGGAGUUCCUCAGGCCUGGGGGCCAACGACGCCUUGAGGACUUUUGCACGUGCGUGCGGGUGGGCUGGGAGGCGCAGGACGCGGCCUGGUAUGAGGAAAGGGGCGUCCAGUACUUUAGGGGCGUCGCGGCGGUCGGGGUGGACGUGGCUGGUAGGAAGCUUACGUUGGAGGGAGGCGAGGAGGUGACGUACGGGAAGCUGCUAGUGGCGACGGGGUCCAGGGCGGCGUUGCUGGCGGAGCAGAACACGCCGGGGGCGGAACUGGGGGGCAUACACUACAUAAGGAGCGUGGAGGACGCGGAGGGCAUACUGGAGGGAAUCGAGGAGUGCAAGCGGCGGGACGGCAGGGCACUGGUGGUAGGGGCGGGGUAUGUGGGCAUGGAGGUUGGGGCGGCGCUGAAGGAGCAUGACUUGCACGUGACCAUGGCCUUCCCGGGGGGCAUGUUGAUGGACCGCAUGCUACCUCACGAUGCGGCGAGCCAUUACGAGGAAUACUUUGCCGCUCAGGGCGUGGAGUUGUGCUGGGAUAGCAGGGUGACGCAGUUGAGCGGCAGCCACGGCCAUGUGGAGUCCGUGGAGCUGAACGACGACAAGACGUUGCAGGCUUCCAUGGUCGUGGUCGGCAUUGGCUCCCGGCCCAACGUAGAGCUGUUCCUGGGCCAGCUGGAGCUGAUCAACGGCGGCAUCGAGGUGGACGGCAGUUUCCGCUCCAGCCACCCAGACGUCUACGCCAUAGGCGACGUUGCGUCCUUCCCCCUGCUGCGCUACGGGGGCCACUACUGCCGGCAGGAGCACGCGACCCACGCUCGCCUGUCCGCCGCCCACGCCGUUUCGGCCAUCCUGGAUCCCGAAAACACGGCCGACUACGACUACGUGCCGUUUUACCACUCCCGGUUUUUCGGCCUGUCGUGGCAGUUCCACGGGGUGAAGGCGGGUCGAGGGGUGGCCUUCGGGCAGUGGGAGGGGGGGAUGUUCGGGAUGUACUGGGUGGAUGACGGCGUGGUGGUGGGCGCCUUCUUGGAAGGGGGGACCAAUGAGGAGCGACGGUGGAUGAGGGCGGUCGCGGUUGCCAGGCCCAGGGCGCCGUUCCUGGACGAACUGAGGGUGCAGGGGGUGCUGUUCGGGGCGAAGGUGGCAGGCGCCGAUGUUGCGGACAGGCAUGGAAGUUUCGAGAAGCUUAUGUGA